ACCCAGGUAAUCGUAUUCGAAUUUUUCGCUUCCAGGUACACGACACACUUCGAGACACUGAUCCUCUCAAAGAGCUCAUAUUUCCAUCGAUUUGUGCGGCUCGACGACGUUACAGGGAAGGUGCUAUUGUAUCGACGAUAUUUCACGGUUGACUCGACUGGAGCGAUCUUUGUCAACCGUGAUGGUGAUCUUUUCGCCCAUGCGCUACAGUUUAUGAGAGAUGGAAAACGCACUGCACUGCCUCAAAAUACUGAACUUCUUCGACAAUUGAUUGUACGCGAACUCAACUCCCCUAUGGAAACUUAA